AAUAGCGGGCCCGGGCGGAAGCCGGAAGCGGCGGAGCAGGGUCACGGUUGGGGCGGUGCAGGCGGCAGGGCCAUGGCAGAGAAGUUCGACCACCUGGAGGAGCACCUGGAGAAGUUCGUGGAGAACAUCCGGCAGCUGGGCAUUAUCGUCAGCGACUUCCAGCCGAGCAGCCAGGCCGGGCUCAACCAGAAGCUGAAUUUUAUCGUCACCGGCUUACAGGAUAUUGACAAGUGCAGACAGCAACUUCAUGAUAUUACUGUACCUUUAGAAGUUUUUGAAUAUAUAGAUCAAGGUCGAAACCCACAACUCUACACCAAAGAGUGCCUGGAGAGGGCUCUAGCGAAAAAUGAACAAGUGAAAGGCAAGAUUGACACAAUGAAGAAAUUUAAAAGCUUACUGAUUCAAGAACUUUCUAAAGUGUUUCCAGAAGACAUGGCUAAGUAUCGAAGCAUCCGAGGAGAGGACCACCCCACAUCCUAACUUCAUGCUCCCUCUGUCUGAAGACCUUCCCAGUCUCUGUGAGUUGCCUUGACCUUCAGGCAGCCUGACUGUGAGCGGCCCAGCGCUGCUGGCCGGGGCCGGGGCCCCUCCUCCAGCCACCUGUCCUUGUCAUUAGUGUCCCCGGGAUGGCAGUCCCUGGAGGGCUGAGGAGCUGCACUGUGCCGCCAGUGGGCCCUCUAUCCCGGGCCUGUGUCUGUUCGGUCCUCAGGCUUUCACACUCCUGGUGAUCCCGCAGCUUUGAGUGCAGUGCGUCUGCUUCUCCACGGGGAAUAGUCUUGGAGAUAUUAAAUGUGAUAGAUAAGGUACACGGUUUUAAAAAUUCUACCUGAUAACUUUUCUUUUAUGUACUCUUUCUGUUCCAUUUUAUUAUGGUGUCAAAAAAAGCUAAACACAAAAAAGGAAAAAUUAAAAAUGUUGUUUUAAUAUGAGAAGUACUUGAAUUGGUGUUCUGUUUCAUGUUUUCAAGUACAG